CAAAAAUAGGGUGCAUGUUGUAGUACCCCGGAAACCAAACAUAUUCAUAGCUUCUAAUAGUGUUUGGUUUAUCCAUAUAUAUACAUCCCAAUUUUGAUUCUACGUAUAGCAAAUAUAGCAGGUAGCUUUUGCAAGAGCUGAUUAGGUGUCGGAGUUAUGAAGGAGAGCAGUAGAAAACAAGGGGCGCCAUCGCCAUGCGCUGCGUGCAAGCUUCUUCGCCGGAGGUGUGCGGAGGACUGCGUCUUUGCCCCAUAUUUCCCGGCCGACGAGCCCCACAAGUUUGCCAGCGUGCAUAAGGUCUUUGGUGCUAGCAACGUUAACAAGAUGCUCCAGGAGUUGCCUGAACAUCACAGAGGUGAUGCAGUGAGUUCCAUGGUGUACGAAGCAAACGCCCGCGUAAGAGAUCCAGUAUACGGUUGCGUGGGAGCUAUAUCAUCUUUGCAGCAGCAGAUAGACAUGCUGCAAGCCCAGCUAGCGCUCGCACAGGCAGAGGUUGUCCACCUGCGCAUGCGCCAAUUAUCGUCCACCGCUAAUUACAACACACCAGAGAAUGCAUCUCCUUCGUCUAGGGGCAGACAACCUCAUCACGCCAAGUCCCAUUUUAACAUGGACAUGGCCAUGGAAGAGGCCAAUGUGGAUGACUCCUUCUGGCCUUAGUAUUUGACUAAUUACAUUGCUUAUGUUGUGGUCUUUUCUUGAACUACUGUCUGCCUCUUCUUUUUUUCUUCUGGUUUUUGGAUUUUUCAUAUACAUCUUUACAGCAGAUUUUUACUUAGCUGGAUGAUGAUGAUGAUGGUGUGGGUGAUUAUGAUUAACCAUAUUGUAAAUGUCAAAAACAUAUAAUUAUGAGGUAUAAUGAGUAUACUAAGCAUGUGGGGUUGAUUAUUUUUAAACA